CUCACUUUCGCUCUUUCUUUGUUUCUCUUCUUAUCUUUUUAUCAUUAGUUAAGUCUGAUAACAAAGUUCAUUUUGUUAGUCAUAACAGUUGGGAUAUUUUACGGUGACAAUGUUACACUUGUUGCCAUCUUGGUUGGAUUCGGAUAAUCGGUUAACACUUUCUUUUUCUUCUUUGUUACCAAUCCAUUUAUUUUUGGUUGCCUCUGUUUUUAGUUUUUUUGUGAUUCGCCGUUUAAUUGAAUGGCGUCGUGUUUGUCAGUUAAUGGCCAAGAUUCCUGGUCCACCAUGUCAUUGGUUACUUGGACAUGCAAAGAUUGUCCUGGAAUUGGAUAAAGUUAAAUUUCCUUAUGGAACUUAUGUCUUGAUUUAUCAAAUGUUGACUUCAACUCCUCUCAUCUAUGGUAAAGAACGGAUUGUUAGUAUGUGGCUUGGAAUCAGGCCUUUUGUAUUUCUUUUCACACCUGAAGCUGUUGAGGUUGUUCUAAGUAGUCACUCAUUGAUUGAAAAGGCUGCUGAAUAUGACUUCUUAAAACCCUGGCUUGGUCUUGGUUUGGUUACUUCAAGUAAAAAUAAGUGGAAAUCUCGCCGCAAAUUGCUUACUCCAGCUUUUCAUUUUCGCAUUUUAAAUGAUUUCUUGCCCAUAAUCAAUGAAAAUGCCGAAAUUUUGAUAAACAAACUCAACCAGUUGACAGAUAAUCAAUCUGGACAGUCAUCUGUAAUCGAUAUCUUGGAUUAUGUUACUUUAACUACUUUGGAUGUCAUUUGUGAAACUGCUAUGGGAAUAAAAGUCAAUUGUCAAACUCAAGAAUCUGAAUAUGUCACAUGUCUUCAUCAAGUUAGUGAAUUAUUUUUGAUACGAAUCAGUCGACCCUGGUUAUGGCCAGAUUGGGCUUUUGCUAUUUCUCCCCAUGGAAGACGAUAUAAACGAUGUUUAAAUGUUAUGAAAACAUUUACCAUGAAAGUUAUAAAGCAACGUAAAGCUGAGUGGAUUGAAGCGCAUGAAAAUGGAUGCAAGUCACAGGAACAUUUGACUGAAGAUCAAGAUGUGUUGAAUGAAAAGACUCAUAAACUUGAAAAUAAGUACGAAACGAAAAGAAUGGCUUUUCUUGAUUUGUUGAUGGAACAUCAUUUGAAAAAUAAUGUUAUGACAAUUGAAGAUGUCAGAGAAGAAGUUGACACUUUCAUGUUUGCUGGUCAUGAUACAACCGCAAUGUCUAUUAGUUGGACUUUGUAUAUUCUUGGUUUGUACAAAGAUAUUCAAGAGAAAGUCAGAGACGAGAUCGAUGCGAUUUUAGAAUCAAGUUAUGACAAUUGUGAAACAAAUGGAUUCACGGUUGAACAAUUGAAACAGAUGAAAUAUUUAGAUUGUGUUCUUAAAGAGGUUCAGCGAGUUUACCCUGUUGCUCCUUUCAUUGGACGUGAAUUAUCCGAAGAUACAAUGAUAAAUGGAUAUUUAGUGCCAAAAGGAACGACAUGUGCAAUAUUUACCUAUCUUCUUCAUCGCAAUGAAGAAACAUUUCCAAAACCCGAAGAGUUUGAUCCUGAUAGAUUCUUGCCUGAGAAUUCAUCUGGCCGUCAUCCUUAUGCUUAUAUACCUUUCUCGGCUGGCCCGAGAAAUUGUAUUGGACAAAAAUUUGCUGUUAUGGAGGAGAAAGCAAUUCUGGCAAGAGUUUUGAGCCACUUCAUUAUUCACUCAGUUGACCAGCGCGACAAGCUCAUAAUCAGUGGAGAAAUGGUUUUAAGAUCUCGAAAUGGUUUGCGAAUCGUUCUUACUCGGAGAAAUAGCAAAUUAGAUACACCGAUCAAAAACAAAUACAAUAAUAAUAAUGUAAUUAAACAGUCUUGUGAUACUCUUGGAAUGGCCUCACGGAAUAUUUAAAAUGGCGAAGCUAAAUUUCAAUUUUACCAUGUUUAAGUUAAUAUGCUCUUACCUCUUUGAUUAAUCUCAACUCAAGUCAAUUUUUCAAAACACAAAAAUGAAUAUUACG